AUGAAGACGAAAGCCAAGAUAAGGAUUGCUCAACCUCGCACACACUUCAAAAACACUCAAGUACCAUUCAUCUCUCGAAUGAUCGAAUUCCCAUUGAGCAGGAACUUGAAGGCACACGUGAGGAUGUACACCGUCCUUACCGAACUCGCCGAAUUCGCUCAGAUGAGACGAUCUUUCCUACUCGAUUAUAACUGCGACGUUCCGCGUCGGGCUUCUGGCCUCAAUGGUGUUCGACUGGCAUCUCGCAACUUCACUGCCCCGGCCGCGUCAUUCCUAUUCAGGGUCAAUUGUACUGCGCAGUACAAUAUCCAUUCGCCACUUCAUGGACGUCGCUGA